AUGUACAAACAUGCCUUUGACUCGUACAUGUCCCAUGCCUUUCCGGCUGACGAGCUCCGACCUUUGUCUUGCGAUGGCCGGCUUCGGCGCGAACGAGGUGAUCUCGAUGCAAUGUUGGGCAAUUACUCCAUGACCCUGAUUGACUCUUUGGAUUCCCUAGUUAUUUUCAAGCGAAAGACAGCGUUCAAGGUGGCUGUUUCGUACAUUGACGACAAUGUCCACUUCGGCAAAGAUCUCGAAGUGAGUACCUUUGAAGUCAACAUCCGCAUCCUGGGUGGUUUGCUGAGCGGCCAUCUGCACGCGCAGAAGAUCUUGCCGAAGUACACAGGAGGGCUGUUGGACAAGGCGUUGGACUUGGGCGAGCGUUUGAUGCGGGCCUUCGAUACGCCAACGGGAAUGCCGAGAUCGCGGGUGAACCUUGCAAAAGGGAUCCCCAAGGGCUCCUCGGCCACGGUCACAAUUGCAGAGGCGGGAUCCUUCUUGCUGGAGUUCGGCAUGCUCUCGCACCUUUCUGGGCAAGACCGGUUUUACAAAGCAGCAAAGCGGUCUUUGCUGGCCUUCUGGGGCCGGCGGAACAUCUUGGAUUUGGUUGGCACAUCAAUCGAUGUUAACACUGGUAAUUUUGUUGAUCAACAGAGCACGACAGGUCCAGGGCAAGAUUCCUUUUUCGAAUAUUUGCUCAAGGGCUACAUCCUUUUUCAUGACCUGGAGUUGUUGGAGAUUUUCCUAAGCGCAUAUGCGUCUGUCGAGUUGUACCACAGUUUCGAAGGGUUCACGUACAACGUUGACAUGAACAAAGGGCUGAUGGCGAAUACGCAUUUGUCGCCCUUGGCGUGCGUGUGGGCAUCAUUGCAAGUUCUGGUUGGAGAUGUCUCCAGUGGUUUGCGGUCGGUGUUGUACUGGUAUGGUUUGUGGAAGAAGCACGACGCUUUGCCCGAGGUGUUCGACACCAGGGCAGAAAGCCCAACCCAAGCGAGGGACUCACCUCUGCGACCGGAGCUCAUCGAAGCAAUUUUUUAUUUAUCCUUAGCCUUGCCGGGUGACUCCAUGAUUUUUGACAUGGCAAAGAACAUUGCCGCGGCAAUCGAUGACCAGAGUCGGGUGAACUGUGGGUUUGCUUCUGUCGCCGACGUAACGACCAAGAGGCUUGAUGACAGAAUGGACUCCUUCUUCCUGUCAGAGACGCUUGUAUACCUGUACUUGGCUUUGGCACCGCCAGAAGACCUGGCCCAUGCCAUGCCAUGGCCGGUGGGCGCCAGCAUCUUCACCACCGAAGGCCAUUUGUUCCCGAUUUUCCCGAAAGCUUCGGACUCAACGCAUCUCUCAGCAACCACGGACGAACGCAACAAGGACCUUUACCCUGCAGCUUCGUUGGACUCUCCACUGCUCACUUGCGAGGCUUUAACGCCGUUCGAGCGAGUUGCGGUUCAGCAGCGUUGCCGAACGAAGUACUUGCUGACACCGAGCUACCAGAUGCAGAUGAAUGCUGAGACCUCACGACGGUGUCGCUCACAAACAGUCUUUCUGCUGGUGUGGUCAGCUGGCGACACCUUGCAGCCCGUGAUGCAUGUUUCUGGUUUGGCUUCCUCCCUUGGGCGGCCUGUGCCAGUGCUGCCUCUACUGCAUGCCCAACUCCAGGACUGCAGCCACAAAGAAGGUUAA